CCCAGGAGUGGUGCCUUCGUGUCCUGCAUCCAAAUCGGCUGCAUGAGGUAGGUGAUCGCGGAUGCGACCGUUGCGGCGGUCUCCCAAUGCAUGCAAUGCAUGCUAGCAUGAUGUAUUGGAAGAGCUGUGGGAAGUGAACAAGAUUGGCGAUGAUCAUCAAUAGAGAACAACUUCAAACUCGGGCACCAUCGCCUCACAUCUUUACAACAGAAGCAACCCAGAAGAAGCGUCAAGACUUAAGUUCUAGCAAAUGAUGGAAGGCGAGAAAAAGAGUCAUGGAAAAGCGGAGCAGAGUCGGUGGGGGACAGUUGAAGGAGAACGCCAGCACAACGGUUGAAGAAGAAGUUGCUGCAAGGAUGGAGGAUGAUAAUGGGAUAUCCAAACCAACGCCGUCUCCCCGUGUUGUAGAGGAGGCGAAAGGAGACGUACACGACGACGGUCCAAGAGAAGUUCCUGAUCAGUCCACACAUGGGGCCUUUUCUGUAGGUUCCAACGUCGACGGCGCCACAACGGCAAAGCUACAACGAGGUCUACAUCAAGAUCGUCCUCAGACGACCAUCGCAGAGAAGGAGGCCCGAUUACUGCCACACCCCAGGCAAACAUAUCAGUACUUGAAUUCGUCGACGGCAAGUCCAACCAAGAAAACAAAAACUCCCAAGGGGCUGAGAAAGGAACCACCAAGAUCAUCCACCUUAGCUUGUGCCACCACGUUGCCAAGUGUGGGUUAUAAGGGCCUAAGACAGCCUCGUGCACCAACUGACAAGUUUGAUGCAUCGAAUUCGUUGGCAAGCAAUGCCGUGGCAACAGAAGAAGAUGAGGUGCAUGUGACUCCAAACACUAUGGGAGGGAGUGGAGGUGACAACGGCAGUCCAACACUAGUUGUGGACCCAGACGACCCAGAAGGAGGAGGCAACGACGAGAACAUCACCGGUUUCAUGGCAACGGCACAUUUAGUAGAAGAAGUGGAGCAGCAGCAGCAGGGAAGUGCACCCAUUGAAGCUCGACCGAUUCGUCGUUGGGACUACCUGCGCAAUCGAACAGUGCUAACGGUCAUCACAUUCUUGAUCGUGGCAAUGGUGGCAGUGGUGAUCGCUCUCGUCGUGGUCAGGCAAAGCCGAAACCUGGAUCUGGUAAUUUCUGGACUCCCUGACUACACAAUCGACUCGCUGCGCGAUCCAGCAUCUCACCAAGGCCAAGCGCACGAGUGGUUGAAAGGACAUCCAGAUAUCGAGAAUAUGCCCGAGUGGCGCAAGAUCCAGUUAUUCUCCAUGGCAGUAUUCUUCUACGCAACUAAAGGCCAGCACUGGCGACGAAAGGAAAAUUGGCUCAGCUACGACGCUCACGAAUGUAGAUGGCAGCAAUAUUACCCGGAAAAUCAAUUUAGCCUAUCAAAUUGCAACGAUGAAGGGGCUCUUCAGAGGCUCCACUUGGACUACUGGAACCUGAAAGGGACGAUUCCAAGGGAACUUUCUUUGCUGGGAUCCUUGAAGAUUAUUUACCUCCACGAAAAUAGAUUGUUUUCAAGCAUACCAUCCGACAUUGGACGUAUUUCCUCCCUGCUGGGCUUGGCACUCCAAAACAAUGAACUCUCAGGCUCCAUUCCAACAGAGAUUGGCUCCCUACCGCAGCUCCUUUAUCUCCGAAUGGAGAAGAAUCAGCUUUCGGGAACUCUGCCAAGAAACAUAGGAAGUCUCUCACAUUUGCAGCUUCUCCAAAUCAGUGACAAUUUACUGGGAGGCAAUAUUCCUUCUCAUCUUCAACACCUUACUUCACUGGAAACAUUAUUGUUGAAUGACAACAUACUUUCUGGACCGCUUCCCACCGAGCUCGGUUUGCUCAGAGCAAUCACCGAACUAGACUUGAGUGGAAAUCUACUUGGGUCUACUAUCUUUACAGAGCUAGGAGGGUUGCAAAGGCUUACAGAUUUGGACCUAUCCAGCACGUUACUCAAUGGUACACUGCCCAGUGAGAUUGGCAAAUUGUCAUGGCUGGUACAGCUGGACCUCACCGGCAACAAUCACUUGACUGGAACUUUGCCCGAACAGAUAGGAAUGUUGGCAAGGCUGAGAUCCUUCAACCUCAGCAACCACGGUUUCACUGGAAGUAUUCCUUCCACUAUCGGCCUGUUGUCAAGGGUCUCCAGUUUGGAUUUGAGCAGCAACAGGUUUUCAGGUUCUUUGCCAUCGGAGAUUGGCAGAGUUGGCAUAUUCGAUAGGGGUUUGUUUUACUUGUUAUUGGGCGGCAACUCUUUGGUCAACCGCAUCCCAUCGGAGCUGGGGAAGUUGACUGACUUACACACACUGGAACUUUCUUGGAACAACUUCUCUAAGAAUAUUCCACAUGAAAUUGGCGCCCUUACAGGGCUCAAGUCGUUGGAUCUCCAAGACCACAGCUUGACGGGUCGAAUCCCUUCCACCAUUGGACUAUGUGAAUCACUGGAGGAUCUGAUUCUUACGGGUAAUUCGCUCGCUGGGCCACUCCCAAGUGAAUUAGGUGUCUUGGGGAAGAUGCGUACGCUGUAUCUAAGCCGAAAUCGCAACUUAUCCGGGACGGUCCCGACAGAGCUCAACCAAGCAGCCAACUUGCGUCACAUCAGUCUUCACGACACUCAGCUAUCCGGCACUAUUCCGUUUUGCCCUUCGCGACGACGCCUGGCGACUGCCUCUGAGUCGCUGCCUGAAUACCCUGAUGACGAUGGGUUGCAUUACGUUGUUCUCCCCGAAUUGCCCUACCUCUAUGCUUUUGUGCAAGUUGACUGUCAAAGGGUGUCCUGCAACUGCUCCUCUUGUUUUUGCGUACCCGAUUCAGGCUUCUAGGCUCACAACAAGAUGAGUAACAGUCCACGAGUGUACCUUUCCAUCGAGGCUACCGUUACACAAAGAAAGUUUUCUUUGCAGAGCAUCUUCUGAGUGUCAGUCCACGCGUCUACACGAGCCACACGUGCUGUUUGCUCAAGUGAAAUGCAAGCUUCCGCGGCUUUGCCGCAGUUAUUUGUCACGGAAGUCGAAUAAUCCAGAAAUAUCAAAUGCAGCUUCAGAACCACUAGUAGCUAGCUAGCUUUAACUAUUACCUUGGCCCUGCCAGUGAGACCGGCAAGAAGGGCAGGGUUUGUAAAGCUAGAUGUGACAGGCAACAAUCACUUGCAUGGCGAAUUGCCUGGCAGCUCGGAUCUGGCUAGCUCCACCGCCACCAUACUUAGUUGAACAUAGCAACGAGAAGUUAUUGACGGACCAACAUCCGCGUAGUACUGAUUCACCUGGCAAUGACGUCUAACGGUUUGUCUAUAUUAA